AUGGAUUGGAGUUCUACUUCAACCUGGGAUAUGCAACCACCAGAGAACCUCGACAAAACAGAAAUAUUUUCCAGUCAUAACGAUGAAAUAAAGAAUAAACUUGAUACAAUUAGAAUGCUUCAUCAAGCACCAGAGCCACCUCCACAAUUACCACUUCCAUUCAAUGUAUUUCAGUCCAGAAAAGAAUAUAUUUCUUCAAAUGAUCGCAUUACUAUCAUUAAUUCCAAAUGA